AUGUCCGCCAGUACAGCCAGACCUGCGCCGGCUCAACGGUUGCCGCUUUUUGGUGUGGAAAUAGAGAUGUUUAUCAAGGUCAAACCAAGCAUUGAGGCUUUGACCAGAGAAAAGCAAAGAACGAACCCUACGUCGCUACCGGAGUGGUGGCGAAAGUGGGAUUUCGACCUUAAGAACGACCCCCCGGACCGCGCAGGGGAAAUAGGAGCCGUUUUUCAUCGGAUCGAUGUCGUCAACUCGGUUGUCCAAGUAGAAAUCGAUACUAUAUUGGGCCCGAACAAUGGAUGGCGUUGCACGUACGAUCCAAGUUUGUCGGAACGGAAGCUCGCGCUACCUCCUGACGCUAGAAAGUGGUGGGCGGUCGAGAUUGUCUCACCACCUAUGUCGGUGAGCAAGCAAUGGCAACAGGAGAUAGAUAUGGUUUACAUGGCAGUGUCUAGAGCCUUCGACAUAUACACUACAGACUUCUGCGGCUGCCACGUCCACAUCUCUCCUGGACCGGUCAUAUCCAGGGAAAACCGCUACAAAACGGCAGAACUCGUUAGGAUGGCAAAGGCUUCAUUUUUCUGGGAAGCGGCUCUAUACGAAUACCUCCCGCAGGAUCGUCGCAACACCCCUUAUGCCGUUGCGAAUCAUAAGGUUUGUACGACCAAAGAAUAUGAAGCAGUUCCGCAGAAGGGCUGGGGGCCAGUCUUUGAUAAACUGGAUAGUUUGGCUGCCGGAGAUAGGGGCGAGACUAGGUUUCUCGAGGAGAUACAAGGUGGCGAUAUCAAUGGCGACCGGUAUACCUCGUUUAACUUUUCGGCAUUUACGAAGAUUGGGACGGUUGAAUUCCGCCGCCAAGCGGGAGCUCUAUCGCCUAUCACUACCGGCCAUCGUAUUCUUCUCGCUGUCGGGCUUCAUCUAAGCGCGAUGAGAUACGACUUUGACGGGGCCAAGACCCGGAAGACGUACCCAAGCGCCGAAGAGCUACGCAAGGAACUCGCUGGGUGCAUCAAAAAGCUUCCCGGUACCUGCCACGGAAGUCGGUUCCUGAACUACCUCACUUGGUGCCAUGAAUCCUACCAGGGCGGCAAGACUUUCACAGAGGCGCAGAUCAACGUCCGCGAGCAAGCUUUGCGGAAUGGAGUUGCCCCCCCGGCGCAACAGUCUGCUAUCCAGCCCGCACGCCCAGCUUUUGUUCCCGGUGAGGGUCGUGUUUUGCAGCACGACACUCCGAGUCCCACAGCAGGAACAACCCCGCGCCCUACCACGACCACCGGCACGGCCAGGGGCGGUAACGCCGCUUCCCAGGGAACGGGUAGCCGCGCCCCCGCAGCCGAAACCACCCCCCGUGCCUCGGCGGGCGCCGGCACCGGCAGGGGUGGCGCUCCCCAGAGCACUGGCAGGGGGGGUGCUACCCAAGGCGCAGGUAGAGGAGCGCCCAGUAACUCGCAGGGCGGAGGAGGAGCAGGCGGCGCUGGCCGGGCGCCGGCUGCUCGCACGGGCACGACGCGUCUUCCUGAGCGGCCCGCCCCGUCGGGGUCGACCCCGACGUCGAGGCCUGCGGCGUCUGGCAAUCCUGCGGCCCCGUCUUCGUCGUCCCGUACCGGUACGACCGGAAAUAACACCCGGGGAACUGCUGCUGGCGGCACCCGGCCGGCGCGUCGUCGGCGGGAGGGUGAGAAUGCCUAG